CGCGCCGCCGCCUGAGCGCCCGGUGCGGCGGGAGGCAGCGGAGCGGAGCGGCGGCGAUGUGGGCGCUGUGGGCGCUGUGCCUGGCCGGGCUGGGCGCGGCGCUCGGCACCUACUCGGCGGAUCAGUGCAGCUGGAGGGGCAGCGGCCUGUCGCAGGAGGCGGGCAGCGUGGAGCAGCUCUCCCUGCACUGCGCCGAGGGCUCGCUGGAAUGGCUCUACCCCACCGGCGCGCUGCGCCUCAGCCUCUCGCCCCGGCUGCCCACGGCGGCCGCCGGCCAAGGCGGCAGCCCCAGGCACGUCACCGCCUGCAUCAAGCCCUCCAGCACCUUCCGGGGGGCGCAGAUCUACCUGGAGAGGGACGGCGUCCUGGAGCUGCUGCUGGCCGAGGCGGACGCCUCGCUGCGGCGCCGCGUGCGCUGCUUCAGCUGGCUGCCCCGCGAGAAGGUGGCCCUUUUCCUGCAGUCCACGCCGCACCGCGACAUCAGCCGCCGCAUCGCCGCUUUCCGCUACGAGCUGCGGGGCGACUGGCGCGCUCGCCUCGCCCUGCCCUCCAGCAGCCCCGGCGGCGAAGGGGCGUGCCGGCCAUGCAACGACACCGAGAUCCUGAUGGCCAUUUGCACUAGUGACUUUGUGGUCCGCGGCAGCAUCCGGAGCGUCGCCAACGACGCCGAGCUGCAGGAGUCGGUCAUCGGCGUGAGCGCCGCGCGGGUCCACCGGCAGAAGUUCCCGCUGUUCCAGCCCGUGGGCAAGUCGGGCAGGUCGGCGGGCAGCAUCCGCACGCCGCUGCGCUGCGGCGUCAAGCCGGGGCCCGGCACCUUCCUCUUCGCGGGGUGGCUGCACUUCGGCGAGGCCUGGCUCAGCUGCGCCCCCCGCUACAAGGACUUCCAGCGCAUCUACGCAGGCGCGCGGCAGGCGCGCCUCAACCCCUGCGAGUUCCCCGAGGAGUGAGCGGCGGGGCGGCCGGCGAGCGGGGCCGGGCGUGGGAGGGGGCCGCCCUGCGGAAACCUUGUCCCGAGGGAGAGGGUUUUCCCAGGGCCCCGCGCCGCCCCGAGGGCCGGCGGAGCGGGCCGGCGCCCGGGGAGCGGGCCGGGAAGGUGGCCGGGGCCGGGAGGUGGAUUUGCGACGUCGUCGGAGGGUGGACGGGGAGAGCGGCAGCGGGCUCGCGCCCGCCCGGGAAGCGGGGGCAGCCCUGGCUGAGGGGGAGGACGAGGACGAGGAUGAGGAGGACGGGGAGCGAGGCCGAAGGAGCGAGAGGGGGAAGGCGAGGAGCGGAGGGGGGCCGGCGCGUGGGGGCGGCAGCCGAGUGGGGCCGGUGGCACGGCCCGCGGGGAAGGCGCAGCCCCGAGGGAGGGCUGAGGCCACCCGGGUGCCGCUCGCUGCCCGGGGUACCGUGGGGGCAUCGUAUGUGCACUACAGUUAUAACGAUACCAAAUUUGUGACUUGCUUUUUCUUCUGUUUUGUUUUUCUCAUAAAUAAGCUGUAUUUGUAAGGCCUGUGUCCUUUUUUUUUUUUUUUUUUUUUUUUUUUUUUUUAAUUUUGGAAUAAAAGAAAAGGAAGAAACGAACACCAAGCAGGGUGUUCACCGUGCCCCGCGGCCGGGCCGCCGCCUCUCGUGGCCGUUCCCGCGGGACCGGCGCAUGGUCCCGCUCCCCUCCGCAUGGUGCCGAGGGCGUUUUUCCGUGGGUUAAAAUAAAUCACUGUAUUUGCCUCUU